AUGGACACCAACAAAGCCCCUACCGGGAGGCACGUCUCACAAACCGAAACUCCCGAGCAACUCCUCGAUGUCUUCAAGGCAGCCGCCCUCUCCGUAACGAAACUGUACAAGACGUCGGCUCUCGUCGAAUCUAGGGCCAGGGUCGACGGCUAUCAGGAGUGCCUUGAUGACCUCCUCUCCUUUCUGAACAAGGCAAAUAUCGGCCUCACAGACGGAGAAGGGUGGUCGAUACGAAGAUGGGCAACGGAGCGCCUUGACGGACGUGACUCGGCGCCACAAACCACCGAAAGCGAGGACGAAAACGAGCGAGUAGAGAGAACAUCGUCGCCCGAAAUCACAAGAACGAACCCUGACCCUCAACCGCCAGUAACUAAACGACGAGAUUCGCCCACUCCCAACACUUGUUCGGUUCCAGAGCCGGUUCCCGAGGAACCUAUGGCCAUUGUUGUACCAUCACAAGACAACUUCUCCUUUCAGUCUUCCCACCCCUAUCCAAACAUCGCCACAUUAGACCUCGAGGAUUCCCGAACUCGUGAUCGUGAUGGGUCGUCCCACCCUCCUAGCCGAGGCACCAGGUCAAGAAUAGGCGGACACAACUCGAAAUCGGGUCCGAGAGGGGCUGGGCAUUUGGGCAAAGGAGCCGGAACGAAACGUCGGUGGGAUUUUGACGAUUUUUUUGGAGGCUGUCUAGGAGGAAAGGACCCAUUCGGAAAUGGAGGAAAGCGCAGCCGGCAUGCUUGA